AUGCCUCCCUCUCCUAGCCGCCUUUCUUCCAUUCUCCGUCUAUGGGGCAUGAUCUGGUUUUCUAUCUGCCGUAGGUCUUUGUCAGUCCUGCCACCAAUCUUCACAACUAAUUAUCACUCCGCUACAGUGCAUUGGGAAGCUAUGACUGAAGCGGUCCGUCGAGAUGGCCUCACAGCACUUGGUCGCCCACAACAAAUCCGAGAUACUGCUUCAGCAAAGUUGCUCACUGGUGGCUUUGUUGCUUACGAAGACACAACCGUUGUUCCCUCGCUCGUGAAGGCUGCUAGCGGCAUGGUUCUCGAACUGGGUCCUGGGCCAGGUAAUAUUUUCAUCGUCUACGGCAUUGAGCCCAAUCCCCACUUUAAAGACGUCAUUAAUGCCAAGUUGGCAAAGCAUAACCUGCAAGAUAGGUAUAAGCUCAUCAUUUGUGGCGUUGAAGAUAGCGAUAUUUUAAGAAAAGAGGGUAUUACGGAGGGAAGCUUGGAUACUGUGUUAUGUAUUCAGGUUCUUUGUGCAGUCAAGGAUCCGAAGAACGUGAUGAAAGAAGUGUGGAAGCUUCUCAAACCUGGCGGCAAGUUUAUCUUCUGGGAACACGGAUGGAGUAGAAAUCAUUUGACGGCUGUGGCUCAAGCUUGCUUCAAUCCUGCCUGGAGCACGUUUGUCGGGUGUAAUUUGAUCCGGAAUAUCUUGGCGGACAUUCUCAACAGUGGAGAGUGGGAAAACCCGCACGAGAUCAAGGAACCUGGAGAGCCAUUCAGUUUGAUGCCUAGGAUUCAGGGUGUGCUUGUCAAGAAGAAGUUUUAA